CAUCACUGUUUUUAGCCUUUCUGUCUUACCUACAUUUGCUGGCAGUCUAAGAAGCUAACAAGAUCUUUACCUCUCUCUUCUACAGGACUGCAAGCUGCAAGAGGUUCAUAUCUCAAGUCCCGCAGUGAGGAAUGAACAACCUAGCAGACUCUUCAGGCCUGUUCUUCAACACUUCACUGGAAAGUUCAGAACAAUGUGGCAAAGAGACCAAUACGGAGAACAUCCUUUUUGCUACUUUCUACCUUCUCGAUUUCAUCCUAGCCUUUGUUGGCAACGCUCUGGCUCUUUGGCUUUUCAUCCGGGACCAAAAGUCAGACACCCCAGCCAACGUUUUCCUGAUGCACCUAGCCAUGGCCGAUCUGUCCUUUGUGCUAGUUUUGCCAACCCGGCUAGUAUACCACUUUUCAGGCAAUCACUGGCCGUUUGGAGAGAUCCCUUGUCGACUCACAGGCUUCCUUUUCUACCUCAACAUGUAUGCCAGCAUCUACUUCCUCAUGUGCAUCAGUGUAGAUCGCUUCCUAGCUAUCGUGCACCCCGUAAAGUCCCUCAAACUCCGCAGAUCACUCUAUGCCCACUUGGCCUGUGCUUUCCUGUGGGUUAUAGUUGCUGUGGCCAUGGCGCCUCUUUUGGUCAGUGUGCAGACAGCUGAGAUGAACAAUACCACCAUCUGCCUGCAGCUCUACAGAGAAAAGGCAUCACGCCAUGCUCUCGUGUCAUUGGCUGUGGCAUUUACGCUUCCAUUUUUUACUACAGUGACCUGCUACUUGCUGAUCAUACGCAGCCUGAAAAAAGGGAACCGAAUUGAGAACCAUCUGAAGGAAAAAGCCAUCAAAAUGAUAAUAAUGGUUCUCAUGAUCUUCUUGGUCUGUUUUGUGCCCUACCAUAUCAAUCGUUACAUUUACAUUCUCAAUUAUGAUGGUGUGAAGACUUCCUGUGAAAUGCAGCGGAUUCUGGCUCUUGGCAACCGAAUUACUUCCUGCCUCACCAGCCUGAACGGUGCCCUAGAUCCCAUCAUGUAUUUCUUUGUAGCUGAGAAGUUCCGAGAGGCCUUGUGUGGUUUAUUUUGCAGCAGAAAAGCUGCAAGGCUACCUUCAAGUUAUGAUGGGAAAACGAAUGACAGCUCCUUGAGCACUAAAACUGAACUGUAACUAAUGAAAUCAAGUGCUUUUUAAAAGAAAGGCUUUUUCUAUCUGAUACAAUGAAAUCUCCAAGAUAGCAAAACUGUGUUUCUCCAAGAGCACACUCUGAUCUAUGCUUCAUUCUUGAUAAACCGAGUAAGAGAUAGUACCGUAAU